CUGAUUGCUUCUCAAAAACAUUAUGAAAGUUAUCAAUUAACCUCAAAAAAUAGGAUUUGAAACCUAAGGGUAGUGAAUUAUUGUAUUAUUUCUAUUCUAAAAAACUUGCAAAGAAAACUGUUAUCAACUAUGUCUUUAUUUUUCAUGAAUAGUGUUUGGAAUUAUACAUUAUGUUAAAAGUAAACUUUGCCAACUUGCUAUUACUAAAGCCUCGACUUGUUUUCACUAAUAGUAUUCGAAAAGCAGGAUCGAGACAGAUAAAAAAUUUUAUUAAUUUUCAUCCUCAUCUUAAAGUGGCGCAUCGCAUACCUGCAAUUUAUAAAAAAAUUGCAGCAAGAGACUCUAUUGACUACCUAUAUUUAGUAUGUCCAGAGACUGCCAGAAAUAUUGCCAAUCAUGUAUUGGCCUCGGUGAAUUUGGAUAAAAAACAAGUCAUCGCAGAGGCGAAUGCCGGAUUAGGUCUUGUAUCGACCGAGUUGCUCGAAAGAGGUGUAAAUCGAGUGAGGAUAUAUGAAAAAUGCGACAAAUGUUUGUCAAUACUGCAGAACUUCAACAUAACUUACCCAGAACGAGUUGAGAUUAUCUGUGAAAGCUUUUUCGAUUUAAAUAUAUUGGACCUGAAAGAUCGGCAUGAAAACCAAGGUAGAGUCCAUAUCUUUUUCAAAGAUAUUCCCAAACGGGCUUGGACUGAUGAUCCAAUGCAAGAUUUUGAUGUUGGUAAGAUGUACCUGGUAAAAAUUAACUUCAAGAAAGAUUUCCCUGUCCCUGCAGAACAUUUUAUAGGACUGUAUCAUUUCAUUCAACAGUUAUAUGGGAGAGGAAAUAAAUGUGUUAUUCCACUGAUGGAGAAAUUUGUACCUGGCUCUGGCUUCAAUGCUAUUGUUCCAUCUAUGAAUCACAAGCAUUUUCCAAAAGAGGUUAAUAUUUUCACCAAAUUCAAUGAAUUGACACCUGAAGAAAUAUCAACGCUUUUUAAGGAAACAAUCAUGCAUCCUAAUUACAAAAGCAGUCCAUUAAUGGCAAUGAUUGAAGCUUCGUUUUUGAAGACUGAAUUAUAUGAUCCAUACAGCGUAGAUGAUAUGGAAGAAAAUAUUAUAAAUGAAAAAAUGGAGAUGGAAGAAAAAUUUUAAUUUCCAAUAUAAGCUGUACAUCCUCUUCAUGGGAAAUGAGAAUAUAAGCAUUGAAAAAUGAGAACGAUAGCCAAUGAAACUGUGAUGAUUUAUCAUUUAAGUAUAAUAAAAAAUCAAGUACA